AUGGCGGUCGACACGCCCAUCUGCGCGGUCCUCAUCGGCCUCUUCCUCGUGGCCGGGGCGUCCCACCUCGUCAUGUUCGCGCGCAACAGGUCCCGCGGCCACAAGUUCGUCUUCUCGGCCCUCCUCCUCGCCUUCUGCCUGGCCCGCACCGCCGCGCUCUCGACCCGGAUCGCGUCGGCCGCGCGGCCGGCUGACUCGCGCAUCGGCGUCGCCGCCACGGUUCUGCUCGCCGCGGGCGUGCUGCUGCUCUACCUUGUCAACCUGCUCCUGGCCCAGCGCCUCGUGCGCGCCCGCAGGCCCGACCUCGGCUGGCGGCCGGCCGUAACGUGGGCCUUCCGCCUCGUCUUCGUCGGUGUUGGCGCUACGCUCGUCAUGGUCGUCGCCGCCACCGUCCACUCCUUCUUCACCCCGGACCCGGCCGCCCGCGCCGCCGACCGCGUCGUCCAGCUCGUCGCCUCCACCGCCCUCGCCGUGCUCGCCUUGGCGCCCGCCCCGAUCGUCGCCGCUGCGGCCUUGUCCGCUCGCCGACCGAAGGGUGGCAGGCCGGCCCCCGAGCGCUUCGGCCAGGGCUCGGCUAGGACCCAGGCCGCGCUCGUCAUUGGCACGUCGCUGCUGCUGGCCCUGGGCGCCGGGUUCCGCACGGGCGUCGCCUUCGACCUGCGGCCGCUCAGCCAGCCGGCCUGGUUCCACGGCCGCGGGCCCUUUUACGCCUUCAACUACGGCAUCGAGCUCGUCGUCGUCGUGACGUACGCCGUCUUCCGCUUCGACCGGCGCUUCCACGUGCCCGACGGUAGCGCCGGGCCCGGGGACUACUCGCGGGCCGUGCUGAGGCACGGGAGCGCAGACGGAGAAAAUGGGCCCGCGGUGGCGGCCCUGGAGGCGGCGGGCAGGAGCAUCGGGAGCGGCGACAAGCAGCGGCCGGCCGAGAUGGAGGACAAGCAGCGGCGGGAGCAGCAGCAGGCGCUCGAGGGGCUCUUCGAGCUGCAGGGGGACGCCCUGACCAUGGCCGACAGCGCCAGGGGCACCAGGCCGCCGACGGCCCGCGACCGCGAAAAGGAGUGGGAAGAGCGCGCCAGGGAUGAGCUGGAAAGGAGGGCGAGCCAGGACCCGAGGCGGCGCUCGAUGAUGUAGGGCUGUUUUGUUUGCCGAGAUGUAGUGGUCUUUUCAGAGGCUGUUGGCGUGGUAAUAUUGAUUGAGGUCGGGAGAUAAAGGGGAAGAGAUGCGGAGGGGAAGUGGCAUGUGAAUUUCAUUCUCGUGCUGCUGGGUGAACCGGUGUUUGUAAUGAGGGGAGUUCGGUGUGAUAAAGCAUUAUACAUUUUUGCUACUGUGCCUCGAACCUGGCAUUCAUGGGCCCUGUCC